AUGGGAGGUGGGGUCUGCAUUCUUUUGCACAGGGCCGUCACUUUUGAAGCAAUUGAGAUUUUUGCGCCCAAUUUACUUGCUGAUGUGAUUUGUAUUGACGUUUCUUUUUUUGGUCAGAAAAGACGCUUCCUAUUAGUGUACCGUCCACCCUCUUCGCCCACCUUUCAGGAUGAUCGCCUCCUAUCGAUACUAUUUGAACUUUCAACGACUAUUUCUACGGAAGUCACAGUAGUGGGAGACUUUAAUUUGUCUAUAGACUGGGAGCUACAAAGACCAGGCAAUCCUACUGCGGCUGGUUCCGAUCACAACAUUAUUUCGUUUGCUCUUAGAAGUCCUGUUAAAUGUACUUCCAAAAUUAGAUUUCGGAAUUUUAGAGCUUGCAACAAAAUUGCUAUUUCUCAGAGACUGCUUUCAAUAAACUGGCUCGACCUUUUUAACGGCUAUGAUGACGUCAGUGAUGUCUACAAUCGCUUUUGUUGCGUGAUUGAAAGAGUUAUAGACGAAUUCGUGCCCAUAAGUGAGAAGAAUGUUGACAUGCCUACUUACCCACCCCACAUACUGAACUUAAUUGAACAAAAAACUAGGUUGUUUCGCACUCUCAAUGAUCCGAUGAAUACACCAGCUUACCUAGAUAUAUGUAAGAAAUUAGAUAAGCAUAUUAAGCGUUACUUAGACAAUAAGGUUAAACGCCUGAAUGCCCAGAAGAAAUUUUCUCCUAUUCUAUUGAAUGAGGAAGGAUUCAAAUGCAUUGAAAACUGUGACAAAGCGGAAGCCCUCGCUAAUUACUUUUCUAGCGUCUUUAGAGAUGAUGGAAAUAUUAGCGAUGUCGUCUGCAAUUGGUUUCCAGAUACUAUGCCUGACUUUAUCAUAGAGCCUCACACUGUAGCCAAACACUUACGUGCUCUGAAACCAUCUCUUUCCUCUACCUCGGACAAGAUCCCCCAAUAUUUCUUCAAAAGCUUUGCGCUCGAGCUGAGUGUUCCACUAGCGCAUAUAUUUAACAUAUCAUUGAUGUUAGGGCAAGUACCUGAUCUAUGGAAAACAGCUUUGGUGACACCUCUCCCUAAGAUACCUAAUGCAAAGAAAGUUUCGGAUUACAGGCCUAUCAGCAUUCUUCCUGCCCCCGUCAAAGUGCUAGAGAAGAUUAUGAGAGAACACCUUCUCUCUUGGCUGACUGCCCACAAGCACGUACCUCCAGAUCAGCACGGAUUUGUAUCAGGAGCCUCCACUUGCACACAAUUAGUUCAUUGCACCCAUAAGUGGUGGUCUGCGUUGAAUUCUGGUUGC